GAAGUUAGUCGAUUGCUUAUUGCUCAACUUAAAAAGCUGAAACAUUUUCAAAGAAAACGCAGUAAGCAGGUGAUAGCUUGAAAUAUGUUUUCAAGUUUCUUUCUAGCAUUUAUCCUGUCAUUUAUUGGGCCAAGCUUAGCCCAAAAGAAAAUGUGUCCAAAAAUAUUUUUCCAGAACAUCGACGAGAAUGUUUUGCCAUGGGUCCAAGUGGAAGGAGUUUACGAGUUAUUCUCGAACAACGAUGGCUUUCCUGUCUAUCUUAAUCGUCCUUCGGGUCUCUUCUUCUACUACAGAGAUCUUACAUCGCAAGGAGAAAAGCUUCUCGCUUUUGGGCUCAAAGUCACAGAAACAUUUGGUGCUGUUGGUCGUCUCAGCAACGACUUUGAUCCGAAGACUUGGUUGUCGUCUGGCUUGCUAAAUAAGAAAGAUUUGUUCGGUGAUGUCGUGAAAGAGUGGUCGUACUAUUCACCACUCGAUAAGACAUUUAAAACUGUCUUAGGACCACCUUACAUCAAAGCUAUUUGUGUGGACGAUGAAUACUUUCGAUGCAAUUCAGGCAAAGUUUAUUUGAAUGACACCGUCACCGGAAAUCAAGCUGAAAUUCUUAACGAUCCUCGAACGGACUUUUUCGCCAAAGUUCCAAACGUUUAUGCGUCGAUCCGUUCCGUAUUCAAGCACAGCCGACAGGAAUGGUAUUUAUACUACCGGGAUGGCUACUGGAGGGUUGGCACCAGUUAUACUGGAUCUGGGACUGAUUUACUUCGUACGAAAGAUCUAGCACAUAGGCCGGAGUACGUGACAAACUAUUGGGAAAGUUGGACUACAAAGGGAUGGACUGCUGGAAGUGGAUUGAGAAUGAAAUGUCGAGGAAUCGCCAAUGGAGAAAACGAAUGUUAUGACAAGCCUUGUAAUGGCCAGGGUACUUGCGUUUACACCGCUGAUAAUGAGACAGUAUGUCUCUGUCAGGACUCCACGCACGGACCGAACUGUGAAAAUAAAGACGCAUGCUCCGACCCGGGAAUUCCAGCUAACUCAAUUGAGGUAGUCCACGCCGGAAAUCGUCCGGGAGACAUUUCCACUUCGUUUUGCGCGACAGGCUACCGAUCUUCGCCCGUGGAGUUUUUCGUUUGCGAGCAGGAUCAUGGAAGAAAGAACUGGUUGCUUGAGUCAAAGGCCACUUGUCAAGUCCCACCGCCCAUAACUUCUGGUCCGAUACCGCCUCAUACUUCAGUCCCCGCCCCAGGCCCUUUUCCAUACCCCACGGGAAAUCCAGAGAAUAUCCCGACCAGUAAAAAGGCUUUGGAUCAGUCUGAAGCGUUCAUGAUAUUUGUCAUUGCUUUUUUCGCUUGUCACGUUCUUUGUCCAACUUUCAUAUGGUUAGGCAUCAUGCUAGUCAAAAUCGUCCGUUUUUCUCAAAGGAGCCGACCAGGAUCCCCAGAGCGUUUAGAAGCUGUUCAAAACGCAAUGCAAAGUCGAUAUAUGUUAAUGAUACGGGUGUAUUCCAUUUUCAUGAAUUUCACUUUCUGGGUGUGGCUUUGCGCAGUUUGCGCAUGUCUGGCAACAGGUGAUGGCAAAGCGCGCUCCUUUACGUUUUAUUGGGCUGCUGUCAUGUGCGGAGUCUGCGCAGUGUUCGUUACCUUGGAGGCUUUUUUCUCGAGUGAAAGAGCAGCGUUACAUAACAUGUUCUCCUGGGAAUACGUUAAGUCUCUUCAGCGCGAGCCUCCGUCAAUUGAGAUGGUGAUUGACAGGUAUGAAUGGAAACACCAACGUAUGGCUGUCUAUCGGACAAAUGUUUUAACAGGACGCCAAGAAUACCAAGGAUCAGAAGAUCGCUGGAGAAAGGUCGGGAGGAAGACUGUUCGCCAGCCAUUUGUUUACUCGUCUUGGUGUGAUGAGUCAAAUUUAGAAGUCUCUGAAAAUGGACGACUUUUUAGGCUUCGUGUUCACAUAGACAUUACACUUGACAGAACGGCUGCAGAAUCGUUUGAAGUUCAAAAGUCAGCCUUAAUUGAGAAAACACGUCAUUUGAAUCAUCAUUUUGAUUUCUCCCGUGUGGAUAGCGUAGCCAAUCACCAUCCGUACGUUGUGUUGUACCAUAAGAAGGAGUCCGUGCCCUUCUGGAUGAACGAGCAGUUCUUCUGGUGUUUUACAUUUCUUCAGUUGUCUUGGAUUUACAGAUGGCUCUGCGUCUCUCAAACAAGCUCUCUUCAAUUUACGCUGAGAAAGAAGGUGUUUUGCCAACCUGUUUUCUCGGAACAGACCGCAUUAAAACAGGUUUAUCUUGCUCAAACUGUACCUGGCGCACAUGAUGACAUCAUACAGGACAUUGACGCGGCUAACAAGCCCUUGCUCAGCAAUCAGCAAAACUCUACAAAUUAUCUUUCAACGGACACAAAUUUGCCUCCUCAGACCAUGAAUUCCACAAUCAAUUUUGACGAAUACCCCAGUGUGAUGCCACUGGUCAUUAGCUUGGCUGUCUGUUUGCAAAUAUUGGUGCCGUGUUUGCUCGGCUGCUAUACUGGCUACGUCAGUUUAAUCAGAUCGGGAAGCGAUUUCGAAAGACCGCUGGACUACUACGAACAGCUCAGAAAGAAAGAGAGGCAACAGUUUGAGGAGGAUCAGGAGAAACGACUACAGAAAGCUGCCUCUGCAAAAAAUCAAGAGGACCUCGAUCAAGCCGUCCAAGAAUAUCAACAAGCCGUCCUAGAUUAUGAGGAGAAAAUCGUAAGGGAAGAAAAAAAAUCCGAAGGAACUCGUCACAUUUGUCCGUGCGCAGGGCUUGUUUCUAUGUGCAUGUCUUUCUCUUUCUAUCUGUGGCUUUUUUUCCUUGUUGGUUGUGAAAUGACUCAUUGCACCACCUACGGUUCAGUGUUUUACGUCAUGAAAAUCUUUGCCUCGGUGAUGGUUGGCGUCUGUGCUGUGAUCGUCCUGCUAGAGAGCUUCUAUUCCGAAGAGCUGCAUUACCUUAAAAACAUCGUAGAAGAUGACACAGCUUUGGAGUAUAUCCAACGCCUGCGAGAAGUCCCCCCGAGGAUAAACAUUGUUGUGGAGUGUUAUCAUCGCGAAGAGCGAAAUAGAACGGUCCACCGCAGGGACCUUAAACGAAACCGAGUAGCUCAUACAGAGACCUAUACUGUGAAAGUAGUGACACAACUGGCAUGUGAAGAGUUCGUAAUCGGGUCAUGGGUGGACGUUUCCAAGAGAGACAGGCCACCCCUGAAGGGCGUGGAUCUGGUUCGCAUUAACUGUUACCCGGAAAUCCUAUUCGGUGACCAAGAAACAGAAGAGGUUUGUGAGAGAAAGCUGAAAGAAAUGUCAGAGAAGAUGGAAGGAUUGGACGAGUAUACAUCUCGCUGGAAAUAUACCGACUUGGCAUGUCUCGAUUUGACCUGGGGAAAGCGCAUCUCUGCCUACACCGAUAUGAAUGUGAAGCCAUUUUGGAUGAGUCCCGUAUUUUACUGGAUCGCCACACUGCUGCAAAUGAACUGGCCUUACCGCUUGCUGUUUAGAGCCAGAACAGCGGAGAUAAACCUGUUUAUCAUUAAAAAGAUGUACUGGAAUACAACACGACCAAGAGAGGUGGAAUUAAUGGUACCCAUGGACGACCUUUUAAAAAAGAAAUCACUCGAAGUAAACUCAAAAAGUUCAGACGUUGCCACAACGUCUGAGAUAAAAGAUAAUCCAUCAACAGGCAACCCAACCGACAGUCGAACUGGUGCUUCCGAACAAAGCAGUACAACGUCAUACUCUGACCCAAUUUCACGUGCAGAACCGCAUCCAAAUGUGCCUUUGUCGUCUUACAAGGACACACCCUGUGAUUACAAACCGCUUCUGGCAAAAAACGUGCGACUUCCUGUAAUAGCAGAUGAGUGUUUUUUAUUUCAAUUCGAAAGCUAUCUUUUAAAGGAAAUUCCAACUAAUGAGAUGAGGCAGGGGGAAGAGGACGGGCCUCCCUCAGCUCUCGUAUGUAGCAUGCCGAAAUGAUGGAAGGAUUGGACACGAAUAGACCGGGUCUGCAUGGUCUGUAUGGUGAUAUAAAUGUCUAUCAAAGAAAGUUUAAAAGAUCCCUGAGUGGUAAAGCCGCAGGGGAGCUUUGUUUCAUAUCUUGUUCUAAAAAUCUGAACACUGAUGAAAUACGAAUCUUGAAAAGUAAUGUUUUUUAAGGGCGAAAUUGGCCGAUCGGGAUAUGUACACCAGUGGAAAUUACGUUAUUCCAAACACCUGUUAAAUAAUGACACGAAAAAAUAAUAACUUCAUUUUUUUUAUCUUGAUUAUAAGCUCGAAAGAUCUUACUAUCUAAGUGUUCAUCUUCCAGUCGUUUUUCAAAACUUAACAAAAAGACAGGCUAGUGUUGUUGUUUUAUUUUGUUUGCAACUGCACACAAGCUUUUCAAGUUACUCAAUAUCAAUUACGGAAUGGAUAGCGAAUAGCGUAGCCAAUUAGAUUGUAGCAUUUUUAGUAAAUUCUAAAGCUAUGUAUCCAAACAAGACACUGCAAAGGGAUGUUAAA